UCACACCAUCCUUGCCAGUACUAGUAAGAACUGCUCACUGUUUAACGAUGCUGAGGCCCAACUGUUUUGGUUUGGCCCAGAGAGCAUACUGCGCAUCUGCUCUGAACCUCGACGAGGCUUCAGCGCCGCAAAUGUAGCUGGCUGGGUAGCCUAAAUCAGUGGGGAGGAGUACCUAGCUAACCUCAGUUGAAUCACCGCAGAAGGAACACAGCUAGUUAAUGAGCUAGUCGGGGAAAGCUGUAAUACAAUAUCCAGAUGGUCAGCAUUUCGAAAGUUUGGAAUUCGGUGAUCUUGCUAGCUAGAGUAUUAGAAACCGGUGGUUACUCCAGUGUGAUUUGUUUUAAGUAGAUAGUUAACUUUAAAGGUGUUUGCACUGAGCCACUGGAUGGCUAGCUAGCUAACUCUGCUUCGGUCGCUGUGUGUAGUUAGCAAGAUAGCCAGCUAACAAACUUGCUGGCUAGAAGCUGUCAUCAUCGUUAACUGAAAGUGGUGUAGUUUGUCUUAAUUAUAUAGCUAGAGAAAAACAUUGUGAAAUAGUUGACAAUUGUCGCUUAUGAAGCCAUAUAUUGACAAAAAUGUCAGUGUUGUCAGUGGACAAAGAAUUGCAGGAGCGGUUGAGGGAGGCAUCUGCAAUCGGAGACAUUGACGAAGUGCGGGUCUUAGUGGAGAGCGGAGUUAAUGUCAACUCGCAAAACGAAAUUAAUGGAUGGACUUGUCUGCACUGGGCAUGUAAGAGAAACCAUGGACCAGUUGUGGCCUACCUUCUGAAUUCUGGAGCUGACAAAGAAAUUCUCACUUCCAAAGGAGAGUUAGCAGUCCAGCUGACCUCGAAGCCUGAAAUCAGAAGACUGCUAGGAGUGGAAGAAGAAGUUGUUCCAGAGGUGAAAGAGCCAGAGUUGCCGAUUAUCCCCAAUUAUCUGUCAAACCCGCCGUUCCCGUAUGGCAAGACUGACACAGAAGACCUGAUCCUGGAGUCUCACAUUUCCAGCAAUGGUGUAGUGGACCAGGAGCCUGUCUGUGGGGAAGCCACCUCCCCGGUCCACUCACUGCCUAAUAAGCAGGAGCCGAGCUCAUUCCCUAAUACAGAGGAGCAGAGACAGGCUGCCCACGUCCCGGUGCCAGAGCAGAAUGGGUGUCCUCAGAGUGCCUUGAGAAGACCAGUCUCCGAGAUCCACCAGCCCAAUCACAGAGAGCAUGCCCAAACGGUAGCACAGACUGGGCCAGCGUGUCCAUCACUUCCCUCUUCCAAUGGGAGUGCCAGCUCCCAGGUAGACAACUCCACUGUCAACAGACAGCAGCCUGUUCCUCCGCAGCUGAACUGCAGUCAGGCCGGCAUGUCUGUGCCUGCCUUCCAGCCCUUCUUCUUCGCUAGCACAUUCCCAGUUAAUGUGCAAGAGCUGGUACUGAAGGUUCGGAUCCAGAACCCUAAUGCCAGGGAAAAUGACUUCAUUGAAGUGGAGCUGGACCGGCAGGAGCUGACUUAUCGUUCACUGCUCAGGGUGUGCUGUCGAGAGCUGGGCAUUAGCUCGGACCAUGUUGAGAAGAUCCGCAAGCUGCCAAAUACAAUGCUGAGGAAGGACAAAGACGUUGCCAGGCUACAGGACUUUCAAGAACUGGAGGUUGUUCUGGAAAGAGCAGAGAGCCUGUCUUUGCUGUCAGCUGGAGGACAGGGCAGUCUGACUGAUAAACCAUGCUACAACUUGAAGGCCUCCAAGCUCACCUAUUAAACUGAAGUGGAGCUCACUCACACUAAGAGGCUGGUCUGCUGUGCAUCUGGGUAAAGGGUUCAUCUGGCUAAAAAUCUUUUGAAAUUCAUUUACUUCCUUCACUAUACAUCCUGCUGUCUCACAAGCUCUCCAACUCAGAGGUAUGCUGCCUAUAAGUACAAGAGAUAAUUCCUGUUACACUUGGAACAUACAGGAAUAUGCCAUUUAUUUAUAAACCGCUUUCAAAAGUUGUCAGACU